UCUUCCCACCAGUUCCCGGCCUGGGUCCUCGCAGCCUCGGGACCAUGGUGCUGCUGUGGCUGCUGCUGUGGGGGCUGCCCACUUUCCUCCUGGGGGUCUUCCUCUGGGUGGUCCUGGUCCACUUCUUCACCACGCACAUCCCCGCCUCCAUGCAGCACCCCGCCAAGGUGCGCUUCCUGCACUGCUUGUUCCUGUACGUGAUCACGCUGGGGAACAUAUUGGAGAAGCUGGGCAUUUGCCCCAUGCCUAAAUUUGCCCGUUUUGUGCACGACCUCGUGAUCAUAAAGAAGGACCCCAAGGUGGCGGUGACCAACCUGCGUUUCGGCUCGGUGCCCGUGAGGCUGUUCCAGCCCACGGCCCCGUCCUCCGGCCCCCGGCGAGGCAUCAUCUUCUACCACGGUGGGGGAGCCGUGUUCGGGAGUCUGGAUUGCUACCAUAGCCUGUGCAGCUUCCUGGCCCGGGAGACCGACUCUGUGGUACUCUCAGUUGGGUACCGCAAGCUUCCCGACUACCACAGCCCCAUCAUCACCAAGGACUGCCUGAACGCCUCCAUCCACUUCCUGAAGGCCCUGGACACCUACGGGGUAGACCCCGCCCGAGUAGUGCUCUGCGGAGAGAGCAUUGGAGGCGGGGCUGUGGCCGUCACCACGCAGAGCUUGGUGGGGCGCCCGGAUCUCCCCCGGAUCCGGGCUCAGGUCCUGAUUAACCCAAUUGUCCAGGCUGUCAAUCUGCAGCUGCCAUCCUUCCGACAGAACCAGAGGGUUCCGUUCCUGACUCGCAAGUUCGUGGUGACCGUGGUGUGUCAAUACAUGAACAUCCACCGCUCCUGGCAUCGCGCCCUCUUGACGGGUGCUUUCAUACCCCCGGAAGCCUGGAGCAAGUACAAGAAGUGGCUCAGCUCGGACAAUAUCCCCAAGAGGUUCAAAACCAAGAGCCACCAGCCCAGCUUCCCCGCCCCUUUCAACGAGGCCGCCUACCUGGAGAUGAAGCACCUUCUGGACGUCGAAAACUCGCCCAUCCUAGCAGAAGACGAGGUCAUUGCUCAGCUCCCGGAGGCCUUCGUGGUGAGCUGCGGGAAUGACAUCCUCCGAGAUGACGCCCUGCUCUACAGGAAGCGCCUGGAGGACCAGGGCGUGCCCGUGACCUGGCACCACGCGGAGGACGGCUUCCACGGGUCUGUGAUCUUGUUCGAUAAGAAACAUCUCUCGUUCCCGUGCUCCCAGGAAAUCAUGAAUGCCGUGGUCUGUUACAUAAAGGGCAUCUGACGGUGGCCCCAGGUCCCGAGAGGGAGGGGCGGCGUGGCCUCCUGCACCUGCUGGGUCCCUGGGUGCGUACUCGCUGAGGGACAGAGAUGCUGAGUCAGCGCUAGACCCACGUGGGGAGGCUGAGAAGUAAGCCCGGAACAGUGCCGCUUAGAGUUCAAGUCCAUCCCCCUCGCAGGUGGGCGGCCGGCGCUAUCUGUCCCACCACUGCCAUCACGUGGCAGCCGCAGCAGAGGGGGUGGGGAUGCCCUGGUGACUUCUCAUUGCCGUGACACGCAUGUAUAUGCAGAAUAAAUGCCAACAUCUGG